GAAAUGUCAACAUUGAGAAGACAUCUCUCUUUUGUGUCUUAUCGUAUUUGGGAUAUUGUUGUCGUCGCAGAAAAAAGUCUUCUCACAAAAAUCAAUGGGACACUAAGCUUAUUAGAAAUCCUACUUAAAGCGGACUGGAACGAUUUCAUUAUAU